GCGACAAUUGAUUCACCGCGAAGAAGCAAACGAAGGCAAACACGACACAAGACCACCACUAAUGACCUCUCCAUCCUUCACCUUUCCCUACAUUCACCGGUUUGCUACCAUCUACUUCUCAUGUUCACACCCCACCUUGCAACCUUCCCCUCCCUCUUCCUAUGAAGUCAAGGCAGCAGGUGGGGAUCUCCACGCCUUCCAUCCCACAUCCUCCCCUUGACUUCCACGGAUCAUUCCUCAACACUCAUCCACCAUGUCGAGGAUCGACAAACUCUCCAUCCUGGGCGUGCGCUCCUUUGACAACAUCCGCUCCGAAACCAUCCAAUUCCAUCCACCCUUGACUCUGAUCGUCGGCCUCAACGGCUCUGGCAAGACGACCAUCAUCGAAUGCCUCAAGUAUGCCACCACCGGCGACCUCCCGCCCAACACCAAGGGCGGCGCUUUUGUCCACGAUCCCAAGCUUUGCGGCGAAAAAGAAGUCCUCGCCCAGGUCAAGAUCGCCUUCAGAUCCGCCGAGGGCCACCAGCUGGUCUGCACCCGCAGCUUGCAGCUCACCGUCAAGAAGGCCUCUCGUUCCAUGAAGACCAUGGAAAGCUCCCUGAGCAUCAAAAAGGAUGGCUACAAGACCGUCAUUAGCACUCGCGUCGCCGAUUUGGUGACCUUGAUGCCGCAGUACCUUGGCGUGUCAAAUGCCGUCCUGGACUGCGUCAUCUUCUGCCAUCAGGAAGACUCUUUGUGGCCGCUGUCGGAGGCCGGAAAGCUGAAGGGAAAAUUCGAUGAGAUCUUCGAAGCCGAGAAAUACACCAAGGCUGUCGUUGACAUCAAAAAGCUCCAGAAGGGCAAGCGCGAGGAGCUUGGUAAAUUCAAAAAGGACGAAGAGUACACCAAAGUCGUCAAAGGCAAGGCCGAGCAGAACACGCAGCGCAAUGUCAAGCUCUCCAACGAGCUCACUCGACUUUCGGAGGAGUACGAGGCGAUCGGAAUCAAGAUCGAAGAGGCUGCGAAGAAGUCCGAGGAGUUCGCCGAGAAGGCAAACAGCGCCGGUCAGAUCGUCUACCGGCUCGAUGGAAAGCGCAUUGAAGAGCGCACCAAGGAGGAGAGCGUGGAGUCGUUGCGGGAGAAUCUGCACGAGAUGACCGAUUCCGACGAGGCUCUCCAACACAUGCUGGAGCAGUAUGAAGAGCGGGUGGCGGCCUACGACAACGAUCUCGCCAAUCAAAAGGAGCAGUACGCCAACCUGGCCGAGGAGAUGAAGGGCGCCCGAAGCCGCUUGGUCAACAAGGAACGGGAGUGCGGCACGUACGAAGCUCAGAAGCAGGCCUACGAACGCCAGGUGCAGAACCGUGAGUCUCUCGUCAAGGAAACCGCUCGCAGCCACAACAUCCGCGGCUUCGACUUGGAGGUGGAUGACGCGCAGGUUCAGGCGUUCAUGGACCGAAUCAACAAGAUGGCGCGCGAACAGAACGCUUCUCUCGAGCGCGCCAGGCGUGAGACUCAAGAAGAGUUACAGCGGGCGCAGAAGGUGUUGAAUGACAUCGACCAGCAAAAGACCAGUCUCACCCAACGCAAGGAGCUCGCCCGGCAGGCCAUCACCAAGAAUGACCGCAAGAUCGCCGACCUGCAAACCGCAUUCAACAAAGUCAACAUUGACGAAGGAGCAAAAGCAACGCUGGAAUCAAAUCUACGCGACACCGAAGCCAAACUGGAGACUGCAAAGGCAGCCGUGGGAAGCGCGAAGUGGGACAGCAGCAUCGAGAACGCCGAGACCGAACUCCACCAGCUCGACGAUCGGAAGGAGAAGCUGGAGGCCGAACUGGUCGAAGGGACCAAACAAGCCGGUGAUUCUGCCCGCCUUGAUUUCGUUCAGAAAGAACUCAAGACUAGUCAGGGAGGCUUGGAGACCAUGAAGGGUGCACACGGUGACAAGAUCAGCUCUGUUGUCGGUCAAGCAUGGACACCCGCAACUGUGGAGUCCGACUUCCAGCGUGCAGUCACGCAAAGCGGCAGCCACGUGACUGAGGCGGAGAGACAGCGUGACGGGACGAAUCGCGAGAUGGAACAGAUCGAGUUCAAGCUCAGUGCCGCCAAGGGGGAGCUCAAAACCAAGCGCACCGCAGUGCACACGGCAGAGAAAGCGAUUCGUGAUGCCGUGGGAUGCGAGGCUGCCGACUUUCCCGACCAGCUCCAACAAAUUGCACAUGGCCGCGACAUCGCCAAAUCGGAUGCCGAGUCGUUCUCGAGAGUCCUGGAGUAUCUGGACUCUUGUAUCAAGAACGCAAAGGACCACAACGGCUGUCGCACGUGUGCUCGUCCCUUCAAGAACGCGCAGGAGCUGGAAAAGAUGGUGAAGACUGUCGAGAGCCAAAAGAAGCGUCUGGAGGGCGGAGAUGCGCUGAAGGACGACCUCAAAGAAGCCGAGGAGGCCUUGAAAGAAGCUACGGCAGUCAGCACUCAGUACGACACGUGGAAGAAAGUCAAGGCCGAGCUUCCGGAUCUGGAGAAGAGGGCAGGCGAACUCGCAGAGCAGCAUGAGAAGCUUGUUCGCCAACUUGAAGACCAAGACGCAAUUGUGCGCGACCGUCAGGCAUCGAAGAGAGAUGUUGAGGCUCUGAGCAAGACCGUCCAAAACAUCGCCAAGUACAGCACCGACAUUGCGAACUUCGAGAACCAGAUCAAGGAGUUGACGGCGAAGCAAAAGGCAGCCGGCCUGUCCCGCGGACUGGAGAUCAUCCAGGACGACAUCAAGAAGGUCAACGAUCUUGCCCGGACCACCAAGGCUCGUCUUGCCAAGAGCACUGGUGACCGCGAGCGCUCUACAAAGCUGAUCAACAGCUUGGAGCUGGAACGGAGGGACGUUGAGCAGAAGCUGAGCACUGCCGAGUACCAGCUCAAAGAGAAGAGGUCGCUCGAAGGUCAGAUCGAAGAGUACCGCGGGUUGAACAGCGAGCAGCGCGAGACGGUCAAGACGAUGGACAAUGAUUUGCAGGCGCUCGUGCCCCAAAUGUCGCAGGCCCAAGCGAAAUACGAUGAUAUUGCAGUCCGUGGUGAAGACAAGACCCGCGAGUUGCAGGCCGCGGCGAACAAGCUCAACAGCAGCUUCAGCGAUCUCAAGAAGGCCGACGAAGAGGUCAAGUCGUAUGUGGAGAGAGGCGGGCCAGAGCAACUCGCGCGUGGAAAGCGUGAGAUCUCGGCGCUCGAAGAUGAAAUCACGCGAGUUGAGCAGGAGGUCAGUCGCACUGUCCGAGCGGUGAAGGAUCUGGAGAAUCAGCUUCGCAACCAUUCCGAUACGAGACGCAGCAUCUCCGACAACCAGCGCUUCCGUCGAGACCUUCGCCAGCUGCAAUCAGUCCGUGCGGAGAUUGCAGAGCUGGAGUCUCACAAUGCCGAGGAGGACAAGAGAUACCACGACAACGAGGCGCAGAAGUGGCAGAGGGUGCGAAACAAGCUCACCGGCGACCAAGCUACCAUCAGCGGAUCGGUCAGGACCAUGGACGACCAGUUGAAACAGCUCCGGGCGGACUGGGAGACGGACUACAAAGAUGCUGCGAAGAAGUACAAGGAAGCGCACAUCAUGGUGGAGACGACGAAAGCGUGCGUGGAUGAUCUGGGUCGCUACAGCGCCGCUCUGGACCAGGCCAUCAUGAAGUACCACUCGAUCAAAAUGGAGGAAAUCAACCACAUCGUCGCCGAGCUGUGGCGCAGCACCUACCAAGGCACGGAUGUCGACACCAUCAUGAUUCGCAGCGAGAGUGAGAACGUCACGAGCACCAAGAGCUACAACUACCGCGUCGUCAUGGUCAAGCAGGACACGGAAAUGGACAUGCGCGGCCGUUGCUCCGCCGGGCAGAAGGUGCUUGCCUCCAUCAUCAUCCGUCUCGCGCUGGCAGAGUGUUUCGGCUCUGGCUGCGGCAUGAUUGCGCUCGAUGAGCCGACGACGAAUCUCGACGAAGCAAACAUCAAGGCGCUCGCGAAGAGUCUGAAGGAGAUUGUGAAGAAGCGGCGCGACCAGCCGAACUUUCAACUGAUCAUCAUCACGCACGACGAGGAGUUCCUCCGGGCGAUGGGCAGUUCGGAGAUAGCGGAUGUGUACUGGCGGGUAUCGAGGAACGAGAGGCAAAAGAGCACGAUUGAGCGGCAGAGCAUCAGCGAGGUCAUGUAGCCGCGGGACGACUAGCGGAGUUGCGGAGCAGAUGAUCAACGUGCGCGAUUUCCAUCCCGCUGUGCCGGGCGGCUAGUAGAUGAUUAGCACGACGGAAGGGGUGGAGAGGAGGAAUAGACCGGGGCGUAUGCUGCUGCCUUGACUUGCCCGGGCCCGAAAAGGGUGCCUGAAGUCCCCUACACGCCAAAGACACGAUGCCUCGAAUCACAGAUCGCCAAGCGUACUCGUGGUUGUCACCCGCCCGCCCACCCCGCGCUUCACACCACUAUAC